AUGAACAUCGAUGAGUUUCAAGUACGCGGCAAGCAGAUGAUAGAGUACAUCUGCGAGUACCUUCGCACCCUGGAAGGGAAAAGGGUGACUGCGAACGUGGACCCCGGCUACCUGAGGCCCCUUCUGCCCAAGGAGGCGCCAGCGAAAGGGGAGGCAUGGGACGCCAUAAUGCGAGACGUCGAAUGCAAGAUAAUGCCCGGGAUCACUCACUGGCAACAUCCACGAUUCCACGCGUACUUUCCAGCGGGCAACUCGUUCCCCUCGAUCCUCGGGGACAUGUUGUCCGACGCGAUCGGCUGCAUAGGGUUUUCAUGGGCGGCCAGCCCUGCCUGCACGGAACUGGAAACGAUCGUUCUCGACUGGUACGCCAAAGCGAUAGACCUUCCGCCGGGGUUCCUGGCCGAGCACAAGACCUCGAAGGGCGGCGGAGUGAUACAAGGGUCUGCCUCCGAGUGUAUUCUGGUCACGAUGCUGGCGGCGCGCACCCAAGCGAUCCGAACCCUGAAGGAACAGGACCCGAACACCGAGGACUCGGCUUUUUUGCCGCGUUUGGUGGCCUACUGUUCCACGGAGGCUCACUCGUGCGUGGAAAAGGCAGCGAUGAUCGGCCUGGUGAAGCUUCGCGUCCUAGAGCCAGACGAGAAAGGCUCACUUCGCGGCAAACGGCUGGAGUCCGCGAUCCGCGAGGACGUGGCCAACGGUCUGGUGCCAUUCUUCGUCUCCACCACGUUCGGAACCACGGGAUCGUGCGCGUUCGACAAUCUGGUGGAGAUCGGUCCGGUGUGCAAGCUCUAUCCCAACGUCUGGCUGCACGUGGAUGGCGCUUACGCUGGAAACGCCUUCAUCUGCCCGGAAAUGAGGCCGCUGAUGGCCGGCAUCGAGCACGCGGACUCGUUCAACACGAAUCCGAACAAGUGGCUGUUGGUCAACUUCGAUUGUUCCUGCCUCUGGGUGCGCGAUCGGGUGAAGCUCACGUCGGCACUGGUCGUCGAUCCUUUGUAUUUGCAGCACGCCAGGUCGGGCGAGUCGAUUGACUAUCGACACUGGGGCAUCCCCUUGAGCAGACGUUUCAGGGCAUUGAAGCUGUGGUUCGUGAUGAGAUCGUACGGGAUCACCGGGCUGCAGAAGUACAUAAGGAACCACAUCAGGCUCGCCAGACGAUUCGAGACGCUGAUGAGGAAGGACAAAAGGUUCGAGAUCACGAACGACGUCAGGGUGGGUCUGGUUUGCUUCAGACUGAAGGAGAGCGACGAGAUCAAUCAGGAGCUGUUGGCGAACAUCAACGCGUCCGGUAGACUUCACAUGAUACCGGCCAGGGUGAUGGGCAAGUACAUACUGAGGUUUUGCGUGAUCAAGGAGAACGCCACCGACGACGACAUCGAUUACGCCGUGGACGUGAUCGAGGAACACGCGACGGAGGUGAUGCUGGCGCAUUACGAGGGCACAGAGGACGAGUUCCGGGCGAAGGGGCCGAAAAGUCCAGCAGCCUUGGACAAGAAGCUGGUGCGGAAGUUCAGCUUUACCAGAAGCGUCACCAGGGACGUUUACAAACGGUCCAUCUCGAAGUCGAGCCUCCACGACGGCGCGACGCCCAUCAUGGUCGUUGACGAUAACUCGCAGGUCGAGACCAUUGAGGAAGACGUUUUCUGCAACAGCAGGUAGACCGCGCCACAGCUCACGGUGCC